CGUAGUAUUAUUUUGGAGCUCAAUAUUCAAACCAGCAUAAAAAAUAACCCCAAAAUCGCACAUCAAUUUGUUUCCAGAACAAUCUUCACUGUCGUAAACCCUAACCCUUCCACCGGUGACAUUGUUUCCGAUUUCAGAUUGCCACCGCUCAACUUGCAACGCCGCACAUUGCCACCGCGCACAUUGCCACCGCUCCGAUGGGUUCCGAUAUUCCACAAGAUGGAUUGAAGAAACUGGAGUAUCUUUCACUCGUAUCCAAAGUAUGCACCGAGUUAGAAUCUCACACCGGCACCGGCGACAAAGUUCUCGCCGAAUUCAUCACCGAUUUAGGUCACUCUUCCAACUCCGUCGAAGAAUUCGACGCUAAAUUGAAAGAAAACGGUGCUGAAAUGCCCGAUUAUUUUGUCAGAACGCUUCUCACUAUAAUUCAUGCGAUUCUUCCUCCAAAACCUAAGAAGCAGAGAGAAAAUCUGAAAGAGAAUGCCAAUUCGAACACGAAGUUUAAGGCUUUGGCGAUUUCAGAUGAUAGGGGUCGUGCUGAGAAGCUGAGAGAAGAGAUUGAAAUUGAAGCUAGAGAGAAACAGAAGCCACCAAUGGAAGAUGAUGAUGGUUAUAGAGAUAGGGAUAGAAGAGAUAGACAUAGAGAUAGAUAUGAUAGAAGGGGGAAUGAUAGAGAUAGAGAUAGGCGUGAAAGAGAUGAUAAAAGGGGGAGUGAUAGAGAUCGUGGUGAUAGGCGCGAUAGAGAUGAUACAAGAGGCAAUGCUAGAGAUAGAGAUAGGUAUGAAAAAGAUGAUAAAAGAAGAGAUGAUAGGGAUAGGGAUCGAUAUGAAAGAGAUGAUAAAAGGGGGAAUGAUAGAGAUAGGGAUAGGGAUAGGGAUUGGUAUGAGAGACGAAGGAGAGAUGAGUAUGAGGAGGACGAAGGUGGGAGGGAGGAGAAUGGUGGUGAUGAGAAAGGGAGGGGAGGAAGAGAUACGAGGCGUGGUGGUGGUUCUGGUGAGCCGGAGUUGUAUAUGGUUUAUAAAGGAAGAAUUUCAAGGGUGAUGGAUACGGGGUGUUUUGUUUCGUUGGAUGAGUUUAGAGGGAAAGAGGGCUUGGUUCAUGUUUCUCAGAUGGCUACUAGGAAGAUUGCGAAUGCUAAGGAGGUUGUUAAGAGGGAUCAACAGGUUUAUGUGAAGGUGAUAUCAGUUUCUGGGUCGAAGUUGAGUUUGUCUAUGAGGGAUGUUGAUCAGCAUAGUGGGAAGGAUUUACUUCCGUUGAAGAAGAGUUCGGAGGAGGAGGCUUUUAGGACGAAUCCACAAGAUUCAAAGGAUGGGCCGGUGGCGAGAACUGGGCUUUCUGGGAUUAGGAUUGUGGAGGAGGAUGAUAUGGGUUCUUCGCGUAGGCCGUUGAAGAGAAUGAGCUCUCCUGAGAGAUGGGAAGCGAAACAGUUGAUUGCUUCAGGGGUUUUGAGUGUUUCAGAGUAUCCGACUUAUGAUGACGAGGGAGAUGGAGUGAUGUACCAAGAAGAAGGUGCUGAGGAAGAGCUUGAGAUUGAGAUGAAUGAAGAUGAGCCCGCUUUUUUGCAAGGGCAGAGCAGAUACUCGAUGGAUAUGUCUCCUGUUAAGAUCUUUAAGAAUCCUGAAGGUUCUCUAGGCCGUGCUGCUGCACUACAGUCCGCCCUUAUAAAGGAGAGAAGGGAAGUACGAGAACAGCAGCAGCGUACCAUGCUUGAUUCUAUUCCAAAGGAUCUCAAUCGUCCUUGGGAAGAUCCUAUGCCAGAGUCAGGUGAAAGGCAUCUUGCUCAGGAGUUGAGGGGUGUUGGUUUAUCGGCCUAUGAUAUGCCUGAAUGGAAGAAGGAUGCCUAUGGGAAAACCAUUACUUUUGGGCAAAGGUCGAAGCUUUCUAUUCAAGAACAGAGGCAGAGUUUGCCAAUUUACAAGUUAAAAAAAGAGUUGAUUCAGGCUGUCCAUGAUAAUCAGGUCUUGGUUGUGAUUGGUGAAACCGGUUCGGGUAAGACUACUCAGGUCACACAGUAUCUUGCUGAAGCGGGUUACACCACCAGAGGUAAAAUUGGAUGUACUCAACCCCGUAGGGUGGCUGCAAUGUCAGUUGCAAAGAGAGUUGCCGAAGAGUUUGGGUGUAGAUUAGGAGAGGAAGUUGGUUAUGCCAUUCGAUUUGAGGAUUGCACUGGGCCUGAUACUGUAAUCAAGUACAUGACCGAUGGUAUGCUUCUUAGAGAAAUAUUGGUUGAUGAGAAUCUGUCGCAGUAUUCUGUUAUAAUGCUUGAUGAAGCCCAUGAGAGAACUAUUCAUACGGAUGUUCUUUUCGGACUACUGAAGCAGCUGGUGAAGCGUAGACCCGAGUUGCGAUUGAUUGUCACAUCAGCUACUCUUGAUGCUGAAAAGUUUUCAGGAUAUUUCUUUAACUGUAACAUCUUCACAAUUCCUGGAAGAACUUUUCCUGUGGAGAUACUUUAUACUAAACAGCCAGAAAGCGAUUACUUGGAUGCAUCUUUGAUCACUGUCCUACAGAUUCAUUUGACAGAACCUGAAGGAGACAUUCUUCUCUUCUUAACUGGUCAGGAGGAGAUUGAUUUUGCUUGCCAGUCUCUCUAUGAGCGAAUGAAAGGAUUAGGUAAGAAUGUCCCAGAGCUGAUCAUUUUACCUGUUUAUAGUGCCCUUCCUAGUGAAAUGCAAUCUAGGAUAUUCGAUCCUGCUCCUCCCGGGAAACGGAAAGUGGUUGUGGCUACAAACAUUGCCGAGGCAUCUUUGACUAUUGACGGAAUAUUUUAUGUUAUUGAUCCGGGGUUUGCUAAGCAAAAUGUUUAUAACCCGAAGCAAGGUCUUGAUUCCUUGGUGAUAACUCCGAUAUCACAAGCGUCUGCCAAACAAAGAGCUGGACGUGCAGGGCGUACUGGACCUGGAAAGUGUUAUCGCCUCUAUACCGAGAGUGCAUAUAGAAAUGAAAUGUCUCCUACUUCUAUUCCAGAGAUUCAAAGGAUAAAUUUAGGCAUGACAACUCUUAGCAUGAAAGCCAUGGGCAUAAAUGAUCUUCUGUCAUUUGAUUUUAUGGAUCCACCAUCACCUCAAGCACUUAUUUCCGCCAUGGAGCAGCUUUACAGUCUUGGAGCUUUGGAUGAAGAGGGUCUUCUAACCAAAUUGGGGAGGAAAAUGGCUGAGUUUCCUUUGGAUCCGCCACUGUCCAAGAUGUUGCUUGCCAGUGUAGAUCUUGGGUGCAGUGAUGAGAUUCUGACCAUAAUUGCCAUGAUCCAGACUGGCAAUAUAUUUUACAGGCCCAGGGAGAAACAAGCCCAAGCAGAUCAGAAAAGGGCAAGGUUUUUCCAGCCAGAGGGUGACCAUCUUACGCUUCUUGCUGUUUAUGAAUCCUGGAAAAAUAAAAACUUUUCUGGACCUUGGUGUUUUGAGAACUUUGUUCAAUCUCGAUCGUUGAGAAGAGCGCAGGAUGUAAGGAAACAACUUCUCACCAUCAUGGAUAAGUACAAAUUGGAUGUUGUGAGCGCUGGAAAAAACUUCACAAAGAUUAGGAAGGCUAUCACUGCAGGGUUCUUUUUUCAUGCAGCAAGAAAGGACCCCCAGGAAGGUUACAGAACACUAGUUGAGAAUCAGCCUGUGUAUAUCCAUCCAAGUUCAGCUUUGUUCCAGAGGCAACCAGACUGGGUCAUAUACCACGAGCUUGUAAUGACAACAAAGGAAUAUAUGCGCGAAGUCACAGUCAUAGACCCCAAAUGGCUUGUUGAAUUGGCUCCAAGAUUCUUCAAAGUUGCCGAUCCCACAAAGAUGAGCAAACGGAAGCGUCAAGAGCGUAUUGAACCACUUUAUGAUAGAUACCACGAGCCAAACUCAUGGCGUUUGAGUAAACGCCGUGCAUGAUAUGCUUUCUCGGUUUCACUUCAUGCUAAGUGCCGGAUACCAUUUAUGUUGGAUUUAGUUUUAAAUAUACAAGCAUUUGAGCAAGCAGUUAGAGAUAUUCCCUCACCUUCCCCUGUUCAUAUUGCUCUAAAUCCUUGCGAUCUGUUGAAGUUAUCUUUGAUGCUGUUGAUAGCAAUUCAUUUGAAACAGUUUGCAAGCAUGUUUUCUCAUCCGUCUACCAAGCUUUCAAGUUGUUUUUUCUCUCAAAAGUUUUCUUCCUGUUUGACUGGGUUUCUCUAUGGAGUGAUCUAAAGUUUUGUUCCUGCAAACGAAGGGAAUCACAGAGGACACCGUAUUUUAAUUAAUGGCAAUUCUGUGGUAUAUGAGCUAAUACAAAAAUAGAACUAUUAGGGUUGGAAACAAGAUUGAAUGUGAAUCUCUUGCAACCCAGGUCUGCUACCUACCUCCUCCACCCUCUUCAACCUUGUCUUCCUUUUGUGUUGUGUUCUCGGACAACUGUGUUAACUAGUUUUCACCAGUUUGGUUGUUCAUAACUAGUUUUCUUUUUGUCUUUGGAGCCCUUCUUUGGAAGAUUUUGGUUUGAUGUUUGGCAAGGGAUGGAUUGCUCUGUCACCUUUUUGUUUAAGUCUUGAACUGUGUUUUGUUCUUGCGGAUCUAGCAUCUGGUUAUUAGUCUGUUUUUGUGGGGUUUUCAUUUAUGGAAGCUAAAUCAAUGAUGGUAUGACCUACUAGUGGUGCCAGAGUAAAAUGGUGGGGGUGGGGAGAUUUGGAUGAUUAGUGGUGAUGAACUACUACUUCAUGCUUUGCUAUUUUGGAAUGGCUUUUAACUAUAGGGAAAGACAAGUCAUUACUAUAGCAGAGCCCUGUCUCAGCAUGUAUUGGGAAAACAACUCAUCAUGUUGUAGGACAUGUAGAACAUUGCAGCAUUCUAUUAGCAGGUUGAGAUUUGUACUGCUGGUCUAUCUGAAAGGAUGCAAAAGAUCUUUAUUUUUUAUAUAUCAUGGCAGUCAGUUUGUUGAAUUUUACACUUAAAUAGAUGAAUUGAUAUUAAUGUUAGACUGACAAAAAAAAACACUAAUUUCCACAUAUUUCUUAAGUCUCCUAGUGUAGGUUUCUAUCUCCUCUAGGUGGCGAUCUUCGUGUAUUAUAAAAUUGUUAUAUUCUGCGUCAAAAUAGAAAUUUCUUAAAGUGGUACAAGUAUGAAGAGUAUGUAGACAAGUGCUUCCCUUUAAACAGGCAUCAAUUAUUAUUGUAAUAAUUUAACAAAGUUUGACCUUUACGUCUCA